GAGGAAUAUAGAGCAGAAGGAAUUAGCUGGCACAACAUCGACUACAUAGACAAUUCUGGCUGCAUCAACCUGAUCAGUAAGAAGCCGACAGGCCUGCUCCAUCUGCUGGAUGAGGAAAGCAAUUUUCCUCAGGCCACAAACCAGACACUGCUGGACAAGUUUAAGCGUCAACACGAAGGGAACUCCUACAUUGAAUUUCCAGCGGUCAUGGAGCCGGCUUUCAUCAUCAAACACUAUGCAGGCAAAGUGAAGUAUGGAGUGAAGGAUUUCCGCGAGAAAAACACAGAUCAUAUGCGCCCGGACAUUGUAGCUCUCCUGCGAAGCAGCAAAAAUGCCUUUAUCUGCGGGAUGAUCGGGAUCGACCCAGUGGCUGUCUUCCGCUGGGCAGUCCUGCGGGCCUUUUUCAGGGCGAUGGUUGCUUUUAGAGAGGCUGGAAAACGAUAUGUGGAGAAGAAAACUGGGCAUGAUGAUGCAGUGCCAUGUGCCGUUUUGAAAAGUGUGGAUAGUUUUAGCUUUCUCCAUCACCCAGUUCAUCAGAGGAGCUUAGAGAUCCUGCAGAGAUGCAAGGAGGAGAAGUACAGUAUUACUCGGAAAAGCCCGCGGACACCACUCUCAGAUCUCCAGGGAGUCAAUACCAUCAAUGAGAAGACCCAGCGCGAUGCCUACGCAGUUGGCUGGAAUGGCCGGAUGGGAAUGCGGCACAGCAGGCUCGCCAGCCCUGGUGCCUUCCUAGACAAAGAUGGGAUAUUUGUCAACGCAACCAACAGCAAACUGCUGGAGAGAGCCCACGGCAUCCUCAUGCGAAAUAAGAACUUCAAAGCCAAACCCAAUCUCCCAAAGCACAUGCUGGACGUCAAGUCCCUCAAGCACCUAACCAACCUGACACUGCACGACCGCAUUACCAAAUCUCUCCUCCAUCUCCAUAAGAAGAAAAAACCACCCAGCAUCAGCGCCCAGUUCCAGGCAUCGCUCAACAAGUUGAUGGAGACCCUUGGACAAGCAGAACCUUAUUUUGUCAAGUGCAUUCGAUCCAAUGCUGAAAAGCUGCCCCUGCGGUUCAAUGACAACCUGGUGCUCAGGCAGCUGCGGUACACAGGGAUGCUGGAGACCGUUCGCAUUCGCCAGUCGGGAUACAGCUGCAAAUACUCCUUCCAGGAUUUUGUGAACCAUUUCCAUGUCCUUCUGCCACAAGGAAUCAGCCCGUCUAAGCACAAUAUCCAUGAUUUCUUCCGGAAAAUAAAACUUGAUCCAGACAAUUACCAAGUUGGAAGAACAAUGGUUUUCGUGAAGGAGCGGGAGCGGCAGCUUCUGCAGGACCUGCUCCAUCAGGAGGUGCUGCGCCGGAUCACGCUGCUGCAGCGCUGGUUCCGCAGCGUGCUGUGCAGGAGGCAGUUCCUGAGCUUAAGGCAAGCUGCAGUGAUCAUACAGAGAUUUUGGCGUAGUUACCAGAGCCGAAAGCAAGGCGAACCAUCCCUGGACCCUCUUGUCCUCAACAAAGCUGCCAUCGUUCUUCAGACCCACUGGCGUGGCUUCGUGGACAGGCGGAGGUUCCUGCAGAUGCAGUUUGCAGCUCAUCUCAUCCAGAGCUGCUGGCGGGAGUAUGCCAAGCGGCGGCACAACGCGGCCACCAGCAUUCAGGCAGCCUGGCGAGGACACCGUGCAAAGCAGUCAUACACAGCCAGCAGAAGCAAAGUCAUUUGCUUGCAAGCAGCAUGCAGAGGAUAUUUAGCACGACAAAGAUUUAGAGCUUUGAAAGAGCAGCGAUUAAAAGAGAUGCAGCUGGAGAAUGGCCUGUCAGUUAGAGAAGAUUAUGGACUGGAGGCAGAUGAUGCUUUGGAAAUCAAGGGCUCUGACCCUUCUAAGUGGGAGGAUGGCUCAUUUGAAGAGCGAGUGAGAGCUAUAGAGGAACAUAAAUCGCUGAUGGAGAAUAAUCGGGUGAAUCACAUGGACCCACUGGAUACUUCUGCGAAAUUAUUGUACAAAAGGCAUGAGAGAGCCAGUAGCCAGAGCGGGAUGGACACUGAAGAUGAGGUCAUCGUGAGAGAGAGACCAAAGUCGCUGGAGGAUCUCAACCAGAAAAAAGUGGUUCGUGCAAAAAGAGAAAGCCGGAGGAUGCGUGAACUGGAACAGGCAAAAUUUAGCUUGGAGCUACUCAAGGUCCGGUCCACUGGCGGGCUGUCACCUUCAGAAGAGCAGCGGUGGUCCACUGACCUUGUAUCUGAGGCACUUCAUUCCCCUCAGGGAACUCCAGAGAGCGAAAGCUCUCAAGGGAGCUUUGAGAUGUUAAGCUGUGAAGAUACCCCAAGUAAUAAACCCGUUUCCUUAGUUUUAGACGAGCAAGGUGUGCCGUCGUUUUCCACUGAGUCUUUGCCUAGCAGUCCCCUGCCUCAUCUGCUGAAGUCUUUCUGUGUAGCAGAUGUGAACAGCAAUUUACCCAGUAGCAGAAGGAUGCCUUCAGACUUGGAGCUACCCGAUAAUCUCACCAUGAAGGAACGCAUGGUCUGUGACCCCCAGAAUGUUAUAGACAAGGCACACCCAAGAGAAACCUUCCUUUCCAGCAACCUACCUACUUUCUACAUUCCCCCACAAGACAACAUGAAGAUGAAGCUGAUGGAGAAUAACCUGAGGAACAAAGCAGUGGAAAGAGAGGAGAGGACAGUUACAUUCUCUGAGGUCAGGAAGGACUCUGAGUCAGACCAGGGCAGAGCCUUGGGAGGGAAGGAAGAGCAGAAGUCCUCUACCAAAAGAGAGGAACGUGGGACAGCAACUGUGACACAGGCCCAUUCUCCAGACUCUGUCAUCAAGAGACUGGAAAAGCUCAACGUGGAGAAGGAGGAACGGCAAAAGCAGCUUCAGCUGCAAAAUGAGAGGGAGAUGAUGGAGCAGAUCCGUCAGCAGAAGGAAAUUCUGGAGAGACAACGCAAGGCCUUUGAGCAGCAAGGGAGGGUGGAGGCUUUGCAGAGGGCUGAGCAGAGCAGAAUGAAGGACGCCUCCCUUAAACCAACUAAAAAACCAGACAGCCGGCCUCAGUCGGUCCUCAUCCUUCACCCCCAGAGCAGAGGGGAGCAAAGCCCCACCACAGGUGUGACUCCAACCUCAUCGGUGGACAUUAAAGGUCUCACUGUUGGGACCAGGGGAAGCUCUCCAGCCCACAGUGCCCCCAAAGACAGACCUGUCAGCAUGUUCAUGGAGCGAAGAGAAGGUCAAUCGGGAUCGGUGCUGGAACCCCGGUGCCAUUCCAGACCUGCUCUGGACCCCAGAGACAUCCUGGGCAGCCACUUCUCAAGGACGGAGCGCCUCCGGCAACCCCGAAUGCCCAACCAGGCCACCGAGGAGACAAGGGCAAGCACUAUGUUCUUCACACCAAAAGACAAUCCCUUUGGCCUCCACAGAGAAGCAAAUCAUCAAUGCCUUUCCAAGGGUGAACUGGCUAGGAAGCCGUUUAAGAUGCCGGGGUCUGGCAGAGGAGAGGUUCCCAGACCGACCCAUAAAAAGAAAGCCCGCAUGGCGCGGACGCGCUCCGAUUUCUUGACUAGAGGUACUUUUGCUGAUGGGGAGGGGGAUACGGAGGAAGAUGAUUACGAUGGCAAUUUUGAGUUCCUUCUCUCCUCUGACCAACCUCCUCAUCCCGAAGUGGUGCCUGCAGCCCGGCUGGGGCAGGCCUGUUACAGUGACUCUGAAAUGACAGUGCAGCGAUUCACCUCUGGGGAAGGCCAAACGAAACUGCACAAAACCAUGUCUCAGGGUGAGAUCGGAAAGCUGGCGGCCACGCAGAAGAGCCUGGCUCCAGAUGGGAGGCCUCAGCGAGCCAAGAUGAGAUUCUGGGUGAAGGGAAAGCAGGGGGAGAAGAAGACCCCACGGGAGAAGCUUGCUACCCAGUCUGAGCUGCUGGAGCUGUACGCAGAGCAAGAAGCUCCCGGCAGGGAGGUGAUUUCUGGCUUGCAGCUUGGUGAAGACUUGGGUCCUCACCACCUGACCCCUCCACGGAGUCCCGAGCUGUCCAGUAUCCACCGGCGGGAGUUUAAGGAGAACAAGGAGCCCUCUCCCAAAGUGAAACGCAAGCGCAGUGUCAAGAUCAGCAACGUGACUCUCGAGCCCGUGCAGUGGCAGAAUGACUCGCUGCAGAUCAUAACCAGCGCUAGCGACUUGAAGAGCAUGGAUGAGUUUCUCCUGAAAAAGAUGAAUGAGCUGGAUAAUGAGGACAGCAAGAAGGACACGCUGGUGGAUGUCGUGUUCAAGAAAGCAUUGAAGGAAUUCCGACAAAACAUCUUCAGCUUUUACUCCUCAGCGUUGGCGAUGGAUGAUGGGAAAAGCAUCCGCUAUAAGGACCUCUAUGCCUUAUUCGAGCAGAUUCUGGAGAAGACCAUGAGACUUGAGCAGAGGGACUGGAGUGAGUCUCCAGUUAAAGUCUGGGUCAAUACCUUCAAAGUCUUCCUGGAUGAAUAUAUGAUAGAGUACAAACCCCUGGAUUACACUGCGGUGAAGGUGCCAAAAACAGAACGAAAAAAGAGAAGAAAAAAGGAAUCAGAUGUGGUGGAAGAGCACAACGGUCACAUUUUUAAGGCAACCCAGUACAGCAUCCCCACCUACUGUGAAUAUUGUUCCUCCUUGAUCUGGAUAAUGGACAGGGCUUCUGUUUGUAAAUUAUGUAAAUAUGCUUGUCAUAAGAAGUGCUGUCUUAAAACCACGGCCAAGUGCUCCAAAAAGUAUGACCCUGAGCUCUCAUCUCGGCAAUUUGGCGUGGAGCUCUCCCGGUUGACCAGCGAGGAGCGAGCGGUGCCGGUGCUGGUGGAGAAGCUCAUCAACUACAUCGAAAUGCAUGGGCUGUACACAGAGGGCAUUUACAGAAAAUCAGGGUCCACUAACAAGAUCAAGGAGCUGCGGCAAGGACUCGAUACAGACAUCGAUAACGUGAAUUUAGACGACUACAACAUCCACGUCAUUGCCAGUGUGUUUAAGCAGUGGCUCCGAGAUCUGCCCAACCCUCUCAUGACCUUUGAGCUCUACGAGGAGUUUCUGCGGGCAAUGGGCCUCCAGGAGAGGAAGGAGACAGUGCGGGGAGUGUAUUCGGUCAUCGACCAGCUCUCCCGCACCCAUCUCAGCACCUUGGAGCGUCUCAUCUUCCACCUGGUGAG